AUGGAAGACGUAGAAGAUGAGCUUGUUGAUGUUUUGAUGGAAUUCGAUACUGAGAAUAUUACGGAGUUUGUGAAUGUAGUCGAAGACGAAACAUCAGGAGGGGAUGGGUUACAAGUGCCUCAGGUGGGUAUGUUAUUCAAGCAUGAAGAAGAUAUGUAUAACUUCUACAAAAAAUAUGCUUAUGCCGUUGGUUUUCCCGUGAAAAAAAGGAAUUCGAAAAAGGGGGAGGACGGAGUAUUGAGAUACCUAACGUUAACAUGUAGUCGUGAAGGACGAUUAAAUGGUAAUACUAGUAGUUCAGUGAAGCCGCAACCUACGGUUAAGAUGGGUUGUAAAGCAAGGAUAUCUGCAUCUUCAGAUAUGUUGGGAAAUUGGAGAAUUAACGCGGUCCACCUAGAGCACAAUCAUGAGACAAGUCCAUCUAAGUCCAGGUUAUAUCGAUGCAACCGAACUUUGACUGCACAUGUGAAAAGGAAGCUUGAAGUAAAUGAUUUAGCAGGGAUUUCGUUGCAUAAGAGUUACAAUUCCGCAGUUGUAGAAGCCGGUGGAUAUGAGAACAUGACUUGCAUUGAAAAAGAUUGUCGAAACUAUGUCGAACGAGUUAGGCGAUUACGACUUGGAGAGGGCGAUGCUGCAGCAAUACAAUCAUACUUCUCAAGAAUGCAAGCUCAAUGUUCGGGAUUUUAUUUCAGUAUGGAUUUGGACGAUGAUUCGCGACUAAGAAAUGUAUUCUGGGCAGAUAAUCGGUGUAGGCUAGUGUACAAGGAGUUUGGUGAUGUGGUUACUUUUGAUACCACCUAUCUUACUAAUAAGUAUGACAUGCCAUUCGCCCCCUUUGUUGGCGUCAAUCAUCACGGACAGUCAACAUUACUUGGUUGUGGGUUGCUGUCGAAUGUGGACACUGAGACCUUCGUAUGGUUGUUCAGAACAUGGCUUCAGUGUAUGUAUGGUGAAGCUCCGCAAGCUAUAAUUACCGAUCAGGAUAGAGCCAUGCAAAAUGCAAUUGAGAUUGUCUUCCCGCGGACGAAGCAUAGAUGGUGUUUGUGGCAUAUUUUGAAGAAACUCCCGGAGAAGUUUGGAUACCACGUGGAUAAGGGCUUGAUAUUUGGGGCUAUACAUGAUUUAGUGUAUGAUUCACAGUCAGAACAUGAAUUUGAAGAAGGUUGGAUGGCGAUGAUUGACACCUAUAGUUUGCAGCAAAAUAAUUGGUUGUCAGGAUUAUAUGAGAAUAGAGGGCGUUGGGUGCCUUGUUUUUUGAAAAAAACUUUUUGGGCAGGAAUGUCAACAACACAAAGAAGCGAGAGUAUGAAUGCAUUCUUUGAUGGAUAUGUGCAUUCGAAGACAUCGUUGAAGCAAUUUGUCGAACAGUACGAACGUGCUCUCAGGAAUAAGGUCGAGAAGGAAUUCCAAGCUGAUUUCAAGUCGUUCUCUCAAAUGAUACCGUGUGCAACACAGUUUGAAAUGGAAGAACAGUUUCGGUCAGUUUACACCAUAUCGAAAUUUCGGGAAGUUCAAGAAGAGUUCACGGGUAAGGUGUACUGUAACGUCAUAUCUACGUCGGAAGGAUCUUCUGAGACAAGGUAUAAUGUACGGGAGACUAUUAUGUAUGAUGGUCGUCGCAAGAGAAAAAAUUGUGUCGUCUCAUUUGUGAGAAAUAAUUGCGAAGUUGUUUGUAACUGCCACUUGUUUGAGUUUAGGGGAAUACUUUGUAGGCAUGCAAUAGCGGUUCUGGACUGGAACGACAUCACAUGUAUUCCGAAUUGGUAUAUUUUACGGAGAUGGAGGAGGGACAUUCGUAGAGCGCACACGAGAGUUCCAGUAAACUAUGCAGGGUUAGAGACUACUCCUGCACAAUUAAGAUAUGAAGAGAUGUCGAAGGGAUUUGCACAGGUGGCAGACCUUGCUGCAGAUGACGAAAUGCGGUCACGUGCAAUAAUGGAGUGGAUAAAAUCUCAAUGUGAAGAUAUAAUGACUACAAGAUCUGGUGGUGGUAGUAAUCCCAUACCGUCGCGUACCACGGAGGUGUCGAAUGAUUGUGCGGUCGUGUCAAAGUUAGCGAGCGGAAGCAUACGGGAUCCACAAGUAGCUCGACGAAAGGGUGCGCCCAGGAAGCUUAGAAAAAGAAACCCAUUGGAGAUAGCAUCUAAGAAAGCAAAGUCUAGCGGGACAUCAUCCACUACUAUGCGACCAAGAAAUAGAAAUACGAAUGUGGUGGAUGACGCAAUGAACUUUCAGUUGCCUCGACAAUAUUCCAUACCGACCCCGACGUCGUACUUGUCCAAUGACAUGUUGACACCAUUAUCUUUGUCACAACUGUCCAUGCCCACACCGUUUCCCUUUCCCAACAUGUACCCUUUCAAAAUUUUGUCUCUCCAUCCGCGGCUACAAUCAUGCAAAAUUCACAAGGUCAACCAUCGACGAACUACUAUCAAAAUUUAUUGGAUGACGGUGGCAGCCUAUAGCAAGGGGGCUAUGAUUGAAUUUUUUUUUACAUCAAGAGUUUCAAUUCACAGUACUCGGAUGAAGAUCUCUAGGUUCAAAUUAAGUGUGAUUUCAUGUACUGGACAGCUGAUCAUCUUUGAUGACAGCCAUGUAUUCAAUUUGAAACACAUUAGCUGCACUCCAGUCCAUUCUCGCUUACAAAAUGGGCUGGACGGAGAGAGCAUAAGGGACAGAGCUGGAGACUUCAACAUUGACGCCUGCCUCAACUUGAUUAAGCUCACUUUUGAAAAAUGA